AGAAUCAAAAAAUUCAAAAGAAAAAUUAAAAAGGAAGAAACAAUUGAAAACGUAACACUCCAAAUCCAUGCAGGUUACUUGAUUACUCUCCCCCUUUUGAUAUUUUUGCCAAUCUCUCUUUAUUUUUCCUAUAAUUUCUCCUUCUUUAAUCCCUUCUCAUUCUCUUCCUCUUCACGCCGCCUCUCUUCUUCUUCUUCUUCUUCUUCUUCACCUACACCCCUUUUCUAUUCUAUUCGAUCAUUCAUGGAAAACCCACAUUUUAUUUUCCAACUUCUUUGAUAAAAAACUCUUCCUUUUCCUCUACAUUUUGCCCCCUUUUCGUCUUUUUCCCUCACUGAUGCGUUUUCUCUGACGUGGGUCUCUUGUUUUCUCUCAUCGCUUAUUGGGUUGGAAAUUUGUUCAAAUUAUGAUCUGAUCUUCGAUACUAAAAACUUUGUGCGUUUUGCUGCUUGGCAGGCUGAGAUCCUGAAGAACGCUUGUCAUCAAUAUUUGUGAGUUUCUUUGAAGAGUCUUCCAUUAGAGAUUUUCAUACCAAUGAGAACUUGAUGGAUGGAAAUAUAUCUAUGAGUAAUCUCCAGCAAUCAUCUAUGGAUCAAAUUUCAACUAGGCAAAAUUCUGUAUCAGGCGACCAGUCCUUGGCACUUGCAUUUGAAAAGUUAAACUUUGGUGAUGAGAUGACGGGGCGUGCUUGGAAGUCUCAUGCCAUUCUAUUGGAGGACCAUUACUCAGACAACUUGAAUAAACCAUUACAGACUAUGGAUCCAGCAGUGUUAGCUGCUUGGAGCUCCUCAAAUCACUUGACUAAUGGUGUUCACGAUCCUCAUUCGACAAGACUUGGCCACCAAAACUCUCCUUCCAGACAUAUACCUGAACAGUACAAGAAGUGGCAGCUUGGUCAGCUUCAGCCAUUUGAGACUUCUUCCCCUACUACGCAUCUAACUCAUGAGGUGGCUAAUGUGCCUGCUCCGUAUUCGCAGUUCCCCAUUGCAUCUCAAAGACAGCAAGUUUUCCACAAUGGGCGACGUUGCAUACAUCCACAACAGAUGAAUCUUCGUCAAAUUGGUUGGAAUUAUGCUGAGGAGGACCAGUUGUACAGGAUGCAUGAGCAGCACCCAUAUCUGCAGCAUCUUCAUAAUCAGCAAUUGGAACGUCUGCUUCCAAUUCAACAACAUGAGAACAUUGCAAGUAGGCUUUCAAGUCAGAAUCGUAAGCAGCAAUAUUAUGAGUUUCCAAUUGCUCACCAUCCUGAACAGUCUAAUCAUGAACCAUCAUGGAAAGCGAGUGCAUUUCGUAGGGGUUCAAACCAGUUAAAUUCUGUUUUUGGAACACAUUAUAUGGACACAAUUCAAGGUAUGGAGAAAGUUUCCUUUCCUAGAAAGAUGCUUGGAAGGAAUCCUGGACUGAACACUGCUGAUGCUUUGAGGUUUAUGUCUAUUGGUGCUGAUAAAUCAGCCAAUCAUGUCAACCAAAAUAGAUUCCUCCGCUCAAAUAGCUGUGUUCGGCACAAUAAUUUUUCAACAGCUACUGAAUGCAUGUGUCGUGAUCACUCCUCUGCUUUGUACUCAGAAUCCGCAAAUCUUAAGUUAGUGCCUGAGAGAUUUAACUCUGUUGAUGAAGUCAGGGGUAGAAUAUUUCUCAUGGCUAAAGACCAACAUGGUUGUCGUUUCUUGCAACGAAAAUUUAUGGAGGGUACUGAUGAAGAUAUUGAGAAGAUUUUCAAUGAAAUCAUCGAUCAUAUUGUUGACCUCAUGGUAGAUGCUUUUGGAAAUUAUCUAGUACAGAAGCUGCUUGAAGUUUGCAAUGACAAUCAGAGGAUGCAAAUCCUACGUAGAAUUACACAGAACCAUGGUGAACUUGUUAUAAUUUCAUGUGACAUGCAUGGGACUCGUGCUAUUCAGAAGGUUAUUGAAACUCUUAAAACCCAAGAGCAAGUUUACAUGAUUGUCUCAGCUUUAAAGUCUGGUAUAGUGACUCUGAUGAAAAACAUAAACGGCAACCAUGUGGCGCAACAUUGCCUUGAUUAUUUAAUGCCUAGUUGCCGUGAGUUAUUGUUUGAUGCUGCCAGAAAUAGUUGUGUCGAUCUUGCAACUGAUCGCCACGGUUGUUGUGUACUUCAAAAAUGCCUCAGUUGUUCCGAUAGUGCAGAUCGAGAUAAUUUAAUCAAUGAGAUCACCCAAAAUGCGCUGGUUAUUUCCCAAGAUCAAUAUGGGAACUAUGUUGUGCAAUUCAUCCUCAAGCUUAAUCUUCGAUGGGCUACAGAAGCUAUACUCAAACAGCUGGAGGGUAAUUAUGGGGACUUAUCCAUGCAGAAGUAUAGUAGUAACGUCGUCGAAAAAUGCCUGCAAUUUGCAGAUGGAGGACAACUUGCUAAAAUUGUGCUUGAAUUGAUGAACGAUCCACGAUUUGAUAAAAUCAUGCAGGACCCAUAUGGCAAUUAUGCAAUUCAAACGGCAUUGAAUAAUACUGAGGGUACUCUUCAUACUAAAUUGGUGGAAGCAAUAAGGCCACACGUUCCUGUACUUAGGACGAGUCCAUACGGGAAGAAAGUCCUCGCAAUAGUUGGAAAAUCUAAUUAACCAGUUACGAGACUGCUUCUAGUAAUCAUUUCGUCUUGGUAAGAAAAUAACUAAAAUAUUUGUUUUCCUCUAGUACUUUCUUUUGGUAAAAAGAGUUUAGGCCAGGUCUACCUGGAAAGAAACUUAUCAAAGGUGAAGACAUCCAUAUCUUCACUCCUAAUUGUUGUUUUGGAUAAAAAUUUAGGAUGCGUAAACGUCGGUCAGUCGUUUGGCUCGUUGGCCAUGUUAUUUUUUUUGUUUUUUUUUUCUUUUUCGUUUAUUCGGCAAAGUAAAUAAAGAGGUGAAGGUAUAGAGGGGGAAUAUAUGGAGUGUUGUACAUUUGUUGGGAUUCUAUUUUUGAAACUCAAUGCAUGUAGAAGAAGGGUAAAUGUGUGAGAUAGGAGAGAGGCUUUUUUUGGUUUGAGGAACUGAGGUAGCUUUGUACUGUGCUAUCUUUUUUGGUUGGGCUAUGUAAUUAUCACUCCUGUGAAUUAUAGCAA